AUGAUCAUGUCAGCCAGGGUGAAAGGGCAGAUAGACCCAGUUUUCGAUCUGGCAAACAAUACUCCCUCGUAUAUACCCUCCUCUGCCGCUCCCGACCACCCCGACUCUCCUAUCCCCACCGAACCCACGUCGUCAUACCCGGGCUUGACCGCCGUCCCGGGGAGUAUCACAUCUGCUGCCCGUCUGGAACCGCCCCUCGCCCGUCAUCUCAGCACAUCGAGUGCUACGGAGAAUCUGUAUCCUUCAUCCUCCUCCACCAGGCGACGCCGUCGUCGUCGCACGAGCACGCCCGACUCGGCCAGACACCCCACGGAGGCCACAGGAGAUCUCGCUGGAGAUCACCCGGCAAGUGAGGCCGGCUUCCUCGAUCCACAGACGAUUCCAACCCACGCCCGACCAGAGGGCGGUUCGCCAUCUCCCAAGCGCAGGCGCCUGGCAAAUAUGCGGCCCGAUGGAGUCUCAAGUACGAACGGCCCCUCCCAAGCGUCGAACGGCUCCCUCGCGUCCCCGUCUUACAAGGCGGGUCUCUCACACUCCUUGAAUGGCCGCGCCCCUUACACGACGUCCAACGGAGAACCCCACGCAAAUGGGUCCCAGAAGACGCCAACGCAGUCAUCCUAUUUCGGUCAUGAUCGAGAAGAAGUCACGCGAAUCCUGAUCCAGAGUCUGUUUGAACUGGGGUACAAUGGGGCGGCCACAUUGCUCAGCAAGGAAAGCGGGUAUCAACUGGAAAGCCCGGCGGUGGCGACAUUCCGGAGCGCGGUUUUAGAAGGACGAUGGGCGGAAGCGGAGCGGAUCUUGAUUCACUCGUUCUAUCCUGAUGGAGGUGGUCGAACGUCGAGCGGCGGAGACUCAACACCGGUCAAAGAAAGAUUGGUGUUGGUAGAAAAUGCCGAACUCAACGAAAUGCUCUUCUAUCUGCGGCAACAGAAGUUUUUGGAACUGCUGGAUGCUCGAGAUCUUGGCGCCGCCUUGAUGGUGCUUCGCCACGAACUAACACCGCUAAACUAUGAUAUAGGCCGGUUACACGCCUUGUCAAGCCUUCUAAUGUGCCCUCCGGAGCACCUUCACGACCAAGCUGGAUGGGAUGGUUCGAUACGUUUUUCGCGAGAAAGAUUACUGUCCGGACUAUCGAAGUCUAUCUCGCCAUCCGUGAUGAUCCCAGAUAAUCGGCUAGCAAUACUGCUAGAUCACGUCAAGCAGAACCAAAUCAACCAGUGUUUAUAUCACAAUACGGCAUCGCCUCCCUCGCUAUAUUCGGACCACAUGUGCGAUCGGAGUGAUUUCCCGCUGCGCACCGGGGUUGAAUUAAGCCAACAUUCAGACGAGGUCUGGUACUGCCAAUUUUCUCACGAUGGGACGAAACUAGCCACGGCCGGCAAGGAUCAUACAGUGAACAUCUACGAUACAAGUACAUUCGCCGUGCUCCACAAACUUACGGAGCAUGAUGAUGGUGUGGCUCAUGUGAGCUGGAGCCCAGACGACUCCAAGCUCAUCACUUGCUCACAGGAUAACAAAGCUCGCGUAUGGAGUGUCGACACUGGACUCUGUCUCUUGACCAUCAACCACCACCAACAUCCCGUGACAGCUGCAGCCUGGGCCCCGGACGGCGAGUCAUUCGUGACGACUUCUCUCGACCUGAACAAGCAAAUGUGUCACUGGAGUAUGCGUGGGCAGCGCUUGUACAUGUGGCCCGCAGGAUUCCGUGUUCAAGACUGUGCCAUCACCCCUGAUGGGCGACGCCUAAUCGCGGCAGAUGUCGAAGAAAAGAUUCACGUUUACAACUUCAUUACCCACGAAGAAGAGUACUGUCUGCCGCUGAAAAGCAAGCCGACGUCAUUGGCUGUCAGUAAAGACUCGCGCCAUAUGCUCGUCAAUUUAUCAGAAGGCCAAAUACAACUCAUUGACAUCGACACCACAGACGUUAUUCGACGCUUCCAGGGCCAGAAACAGGGCUCCUAUAUCAUUCGAAGCACAUUUGGAGGCGCAGCUGAAAACUUUGUUGUUAGUGGUAGCGAAGAUUCUCGUGUCUAUAUCUGGCACAAAGAGAAUGGCACGCUGGUAGAGACGCUGGAAGGUCAUAUCUCGGGAUGCGUGAAUUCAAUAUGCUGGAACCCGACCAAUCCGGGCAUGUUUGCGUCUGCGGGCGACGACUGUCUGGUUCGAAUUUGGACUCGCGAACGAGACGCUCACCCCAGUGCCACCAUCGCUGAUAAACCCCGAGCCGUCUCGGCGAGUGGUUUCGCCCGCACCAGCGCCUUACGGUCGACGUCAAACUUCUAA